AUAAGGUUUAACUCUUUCCUCAUAUUAUACUUUUUCUUUUCCGUACUCCUUUUCGGUUAUUACAAAAGCUUCUGUCUCUUGCUCUCUUUUCAACAAUGGCGAAAAUAUAGCCAACCCAUGUGCUGCUCUUUCCCGAUUAAUACCCACGCAGCUCUGUCCCACUCUUACCCACUGCUGUCUCCGUGCUCUCUCACUUCAAUUCUUCACUCAGAUAGUCAGAUACAGAGACUUAUUUUUCCUCUCCUUUUAUUCGUAAUGAUGUCGAUCACAAUCGAUCGCUCCAAAUUCCUCCACGGUAAUGGCGGGCCGUAUGCUCCGAUCUACGGCGCGACGCAGUUCCGGGAGGAGCAAAGAGGGGAUGAUUUGGAAUCGUGUAGCUCUUCGUCGAUCGGGAGGAACAGUGAUUCUUUAUCGGACGGUGGUGAUGAGUCGGGAGGGGAGAGCGAGGUUCAGAGCUCGUAUAAGGGACCGUUGGAUACCAUGGAUGCUUUGGAGGAAGUCUUGCCGGUCAAAAGAGGUAUAUCCAACUUUUAUAGCGGCAAGUCAAAGUCCUUCACAAGCCUAAGAGAUGUCUCAUCCGAAACCUCUAUCAAAGACCUCGAAAAGGCUGAAAAUCCCUACACCAGAAAACGCAAGAACUUAUUAGCUCAUAGUAGUUUCUGGGACAAGAAUCACAGCUGCCCUUUGAAAAACAAUGGUGAUGGGACAUCAAAGAGAUCAACCAACUCUAGUCGAAGCACAUUUCCUAUUGGAACCGACUCUGGAAGCAAUGGUAGAAAUGAGGACUCCAACUCGGUCUCAGCAUCACCAUCUUUCUGUCUUCCACCUUUGCAUCCACAUGGAAAAAAAUCACCCUGCAGUAGCUCCCUACCCCCACCUCCACUACGAAAUUCUCCAUGGCGGUCAUUCUCUCUGUCUGAUCUACAGUGUGCAGCAGCAGCAACUCCUAACAUAACUGGCUUGGCAAUUUGCAGUGGAGACAAGGACAACAAAUUACACUAACAUUUAACUCGUAUUUUAUUAAAUGAGUCUGAGGUUUGAAGCAUGUUUGUCGUGUUUGUUAUUGCAGCUGUUUCCCGGUUUAUUUACCCGUAGUAAUCAUAGCUUUAGGUGUACCAUGAUCUGGGCAUUUUUAGAAUAUGCUCUUAACUUUACGUUGUCUUCCCACUUCUUGUCGGCUUUGGCCGUUGUGUGAUGACCAGAUUCAACAGAAUGCUUUAUUGUAAUAUAGAAGAACUUAAGUUUGCGUCA